AUAAUUACGUGAUGGAGCAAGCCACGUGACAUCAACACCAGCACAGAACGCAUAAGUCAGCAUUCUGCUCACAAUAGGAAAACGCAACAUCAUCAACAACCUUGAACCACGCCACCCGAUCAAAGUCCAUAGACGCCACCAUCGAAUCCGAAAUGUCUCAUCAGCAGAUUUAGGUUAUUUAAGAUCUCACCUUCGAAUAGCUAGGUCAUUAUGUGUACAACCUUGUAGUGAUAAAGAGUGAAAUAAAUGUUUUUUUUCGAUUAAACCGUGAAUGUAAACGUAAUUGGCGCUGUAGCAGUCGGUGACAGUUAGGAAGUGAUAGUGUAAAAACAGUGGAACAGUGAGGAAAUAAAAAACCUCACUAAAGUGGUACCCGCAGGAAGCGUCAGCAGCUAAAGGAUUAGAUCCGUUGCUAGAUUCGAGGACCCCCCGGCACAUCAACUUACCAGACUGGAACCCAGGACCCACCGUACAUUCUGCAACAGAAUAUACACCGAACGAAAUCUUGUUCAACCAAAGGAAUGUAGUAAACCCCCAGGAAAUUUCUAGUACAGCUAACGAAAUUUUCACGAAAACAAAAAUAAACAUAGAGAAAUCAAGAAACAAACAGACAAAAAACAAUAACAAAAAAGAAGACCCACCCAACAUUAUUGAAGGACAGGAAGUAUUUGUAAAACCUAAUCUAAGAAAAAAAUUAGAUCCCAGAGCAGUCCAAACCAAAGCUCACCAAAUCACUGAAAAAACGUUUGAAAACAGUAGAAAGGUCAAACGACACAAGAACAAAAUAAAGAGAAUCAAAAACGACCAUCCAUGUAUAAGUUAAUUCUAUCAUUUUUAUUUUGUCUGUUUCUACAGAAUCAUUGCCAACAUCUAGAAAUCAAAAACCUAAAUCAGGAUCCAAUACUACUAUUACAUCUAAAACACUGUUACAUACAAACCGGCAUUAUAAAAAUUGUUCACCCAAUAAAUUUAACUAUACUCGAAGAAAACGCUAAUACAUUUUUAGAAAUUUCAAGAAGAAUAGAUAGAACUUCACCCAUAUCAGAUCUAAUCAUACGUAAAAGCAAACAGAUAGCAGAUAGCCUAAUUCAACUGAAACCUAUUAAAAGUAGAAGACAGAAACGAUGGGACAGCAUUGGAACAGCCUGGAAAUGGAUUGCAGGAAGCCCCGACGCGGAAGACUUGCGCCUCAUCAAUAGCAGCCUAAAUGACCUAAUCGACCAAUCAAAUGAGCAACUCAAAGUGAACCACGUAAUUAACGAGAGAAUUACAGCAAUAACGAACAACAUCAAUCAACUAAUCGAUCAUCAUACUUCACUCAACACCAUACUACUGAAAGAGAUGGAUGCAAUCACAUUAUUACUAUCCCUGGAUGCAACCAACAAUAUCCUCGAAGAGAUCGAAGACACUAUACUGAGAUCACGAGUAUCCUUGCCAAGCAGUAAGUUACUAACACUUAAAGAAAUUUUUCUGAUCGAAUCAAUUCUGAACGAACAAGGUAUUACAACUGAUUUCCCAGAAGACGCCUUGAACUACGUGAAACCAAAAGUAGCCAGUAGGAAUGACACACUGCUUUACAUUUUGGAAAUACCUAAAACCCAUGGGGAUUGCCAAAUAAUCAAAGUCAUCCCACUUAUCGUCAAUGAUACUGUUAUUACAGACGCUCCAAGUUACAUCAUUAAAUCAAACAAAAAACUUUUCACAACGAACGAACCUCAAAAGACGGUCCAACAGCUACAUGAAACACAGCCAUUUUCUGACCACUGUGUUUUUCCUAUAGUAAUGGGACUAGAAAGCCAUUGUUAUGUCACCCAGUCAAACCAGACAACAAUACAAUCCCUUCCAGGAAGCAAACUCCUGAUAGUCAACGUAAAGAAUCAAUUCAUUAGUUCGAAUUGCGGACCGCAUAAUCGAAUAUUAACAGGAAACUUCCUCCUAAAUUUCGAAAAAUGUAGCAUCCAAAUUGAAAACGAGACCUUCGUUUCCGAGGAGAUUAUCAGCAACACAAAACAAUUAAUUGGAAUAUUCCCAGGACUAUCACUAAAUAAGUACAUAAUCAACAAACAAAACUUCUCAACUUUAACCUGGCAAACGAUGAAUAAUCGGCACCGAAUUGAACACAUUGUAUUACAGCAAUUCGAACAUAAAAGAUGGUUCUACGGAAUACUUGGAAGCUUCUCAUUCACCACUUUCAUCAUUAUAACAAUAGCGAUUAUCUGUUUUCGCAGGAAAAAAGUUGUAUUUACAGUUCGUUAUCCCCGUUCGAACAAAAAGUCGAAACAGAAGAAACUAGGAAAAUCUCAGCAACUGGCCGAGGACGUCCAAUCUUACCCCCCGGAGGAAUUACGUGAUGGAGCAAGCCACGUGACAUCAACACCAGCACAGAACGCAUAAGUCAGCAUUCUGCUCACAAUAGGAAAACGCAACAUCAUCAACAACCUUGAACCACGCCACCCGAUCAAAGUCCAUAGACGCCACCAUCGAAUCCGAAAUGUCUCAUCAGCAGAUUUAGGUUAUUUAAGAUCUCACCUUCGAAUAGCUAGGUCAUUAUGUGUACAACCUUGUAGUGAUAAAGAGUGAAAUAAAUGUUUUUUUUCGAUUAAACCGUGAA